AUGUCCACGACCGACGUGCUCAUCGUCGGCGCCGGCCCGACCGGCCUCGCCCUCGCCAUCUGGCUCACCAAACUCUCCAUCCGCGUGCGCAUCCUCGACGCGGCCCCCCUCCCCGCCACCACCACGCGCGCCCUCGCCGUGCAAGCGCGCACCCUCGAGCUCUACUCUCAAAUCUCCCCUUCCCUCGGCGCCCUCGUCGCCUCCCGCUCCGCCCGCCUCACCGGGCCCAACAUCUGGGUCAACGGCGAGCGCCGCGCCCGCGUGCGCUUCACCGACGUCGCCACCGGCACCACCGCGUUCCCAUUCAUCGCCGUGUUUCCGCAGGACGAGCACGAGCGGCUUCUGACCGCGGAGCUGCGCGCCCUCGGCGUGGAUGUGGAGCGCGGCGUCAGCCUGCGGACCUUUACCGAAGCGGAGGGCUGCGUGAGGGCGACGCUGGAGAGGGCGGGCGGGGAGGAGGAGAGGUGUCAGCCGAGGUACGUGGCGGGCUGCGACGGGGCGCACUCGGCGGUGCGGCGAACGAUGGGCGUGGGGUUCCCGGGGGACACGUACGAGCAGACCUUCUACGUGGCCGACGUGGAAGCCUCCGGGCCGGCGAUGGACGGCGAGCUGCACCUGCGCGUCGACACGCACGACUUCCUCGGCGUCUUCCCCCUCGCGCAGCCCGGCCGCGCGGUCGCGGAGAUGAAGCUGCGGGACGUGCAGGUGCGCUGGUUCGCCACCUACCGGACGCACCACCGCGUGGCGGAGCGGUUCCGCCGCGGGCGCGCGUUCCUGCUCGGCGACGCGGCGCACAUCCACAGCCCCGCGGGCGGGCAGGGCCUGAACACGGGCGUAGGCGACGCGGUCAACCUGGCGUGGAAGCUGGCCGCGGUGGUCCGGGGAGAGGCGCCGGACGGGCUGCUGGAGACGUACGAGGAGGAGAGGGGGCGGUUCGCAAGGGAGCUGGUGAGGACGACGGAUCGCGCGUUCACGUUCAUGACGAGUAGGGGGUGGCUGGCGGGGGUGCUGAGGACGGUGAUGGUGAGGUGGGUGGUGCCGCUGCUGUUCCGGUUCAAGGCGGUCAGGAGGCGCGCGUUUCACGGGUUGUCGCAGUUCGUGAUCAACUAUUCGGGGACGGCGCUGGCUGGGAGGAGUUGGUCGGCAGGGAGCGUGAGGGCGGGGGAGAGGCUGCCGUGGGUCAGGAUCGGCGAGGAGAGUAACUAUGAGUCACUGGCGCAUAUUGAGUGGCAGCUUCACGUCUACGGAAAGGCGGGGGAGAGGCUGGCGGCGUGGUGCAAGGAGAAGAGCUUGAGGCUGACGGUGAUGGAGUGGGCGCCGGAGCACGGAGAGGCGGGUUUGGUGAGGGAUGCCCUCUACCUGUUGAGGCCGGAUACGUAUGUCGCGCUGAUCGACGACAAGGCUGAUACAAAGACGAUCGAGCAGUAUUUCGCAGAGCGACAAAUAAGCCUGGGCUCAGACAGAGUAAGGGGAUGA